AGGCAGCUGAGCCAGCUGAGGUUAGGCGGCCGUGAGCGCAGGCAAGCGUCCGCUCCGUCGGACCACCCCGUCUGGCGCCGUGCGUCAACAUGUCGUCGACGUGACCGGCACGGGCAUGGAGGAGCCCCUGGCCGCCCUGGGCCCCGCGUGCACGCCAUGCGCGCCCGGGCUGUGGCCGGCGGGGCCCUGGGAGUCGGCGCCCUGGCCGGGAGCGCUGGCGUACGCCGCCCCGGGUGGUGGAGGACAUCCGGCCCAGCAGCACCAGGUUGCCGACGAAUUGUACCCGGACAGCUACGCACCCAGUCUACCGCUCUCCGGGUUUGACGACGACCUCGCCAUGGCCACUCUGGCCACUAUGACCACGUACCAAGAGUACCACAUUCAGUCCGACUCACUGUUCCCGAGUGAUUCGUACGCCGAGCCGCCGCCCGACUAUCCGCUGUACAACUGGACCCUCCCCUACGGACCCGCCGUGCAGGCCGUGCAGGCCUCGCAGCUCGCCCCCAGCCCCACGGCCCCCGCAAGCCUGCCCGCGCGCCUCCAGGGCCACCGCGGCCGCCCCGGGGAGCCGGUGCACGUGCAGUUCAAGGGCAACCGUGAGGUCCGGCGGCUAGGCGCGAGCGGCGGGCCACCAGAGCAGGCGCCGCCAGCGCAGGCGCCGCCCCCCUGGAGCCUCGACGAGUUCCUGGACGACGACGUCGUCGAGGUCGAGGUGCGGUCGUCGCAGCCGGGCGAGUCGAGCGGAUCGGAGCGGGUCGUGUUCGACAGCAUUGAGGAGGCUCUGCUGACCAUUGAGGCGCAGGACCUGGCCGACACACGCCAGCAGGCUGACGCGGUGCGGCCGCCGCCGGUGCCCUCAGAGAGGAGAGUCGUGCGGCCCGCGGCCAUGAGAUCCCGGGACUUUGACCGCGGCGCCGAGCGAGGCCUCGUCGGCCUCGGCGACGGCACGCAGGAGGACGUGGUGAAGGCCGCCAAGUCGCUGUUCAGCAAGCGCACCCGCACCCUGUACCACUGGCUGUACCCAGACACGUCCAAGACCAAGCUCAAGGCCACCGUGUCGGCCGCGUGGGACACGCUCGCCGAGACUGAGAAACAGUUCUACCUCUCGCAGGUGCUGGGCCGCUUCGGCCUCCAGGCGUCCAGCCUCAUGAUCAACCCGCAGCUGGGCGGCAUCAAGGACCUCCCCGUGUCGCUCGUCAGCCACAACACGACGACCCCUUGGACGUCCCCGGCGACGGCGUCGACGGUCGUGACUAAAGGGCCGACCCAGACGGAGCGGCCGGGGAUGGGCGGCGCCAGGGCCACGGCCGCGGCGAGCAGGGCCUCCCCGAAGGCAGCCCCGACCAGCAACAGGGCCCCCAGGCCCGCCCCGAGGCCGAGCCCGGCCGCGUCCGAGGCGCAGCAGGCCGUCGACGGUCUCUUCGCGUCCUGCUCGGACUCGGACACCUGGACGUCCUACAGCAUGAGCAGCAGGGCCUCCUCCGGGAGCAACAAGAGGCUGGCUCUGGGGGAUGAGGUGCCGACGCCGAAGCGCCCCCGCAACUCGAGGGUGGAGCUGGAGGCGGAGCUGGAGGGUGACGAGGAGCUCAGCUCGGCACUGGAGACGUUCCGACUGCUGGCCAACGACCAAUCGGAAGACGCCGACUUCUGGCCACAGCCAGCCGACAUCUUCCCACAAGUAGUCUGAUUGUGUAGGGUUGUAGUAAAGACUCGAGCGUUGCGUUUUGGGGAAUGUACGCCGUCUGACGUGGUGGAAAGUGGCAUCCAUCAAGAAUAUGCCUUGUGAAAAACUGUUAUUGUUGUGUUUUUUCGUUGCAAAUGUAGUGUCACAUGAAUGCGAGACUAAAAAGUAAGGACUUUUAGUCAUUUGUAAGUUUUCGUUUACAUUGUUUUGAAUUAUUAUAACUGGUCAAUCGACUGUAAGGAUUAAGACAGGAUCUAAGGACAAAAGGACAAUACUAUUUCUUUUUUUUAAACAUGUAGUACUUGAUUCCAGAAAGUACAGUUGCAGUGGACACAAGAUUGUCUUCAAGCAAAGCCAUCACCACGUCACCAGCAAUAUACAUACACCUCAUAGUUUUGACUAGUUUAGUGGGAACAUACAAGCACCACAGAAGCAUUUGAACAAAGAGGGAUACAUGGCACCCAAUGAGUAGAGAAAUUCCACAGCAUGCAAAUAUUGAGAUAGAUAGUGUAAGGGCAUUGUGGUUCACUUUUCCUAUCCAAUUGCAAUCGCUUAUUCUCUAUUCUCUUAAUCAUGGGUUACAUAGGGAUUACACAGAAAAACAAUUAACAAAACAAAAUUCAGAGGGCACACUACAGAUAAAGUAUUAAUCCUGGUCUGUCAUGCAUGUGUCUUUCAUGUGACAAACUUUAAUAAAAUGGAUUGAAAAGAAUCUAUUGAAAUAGACAAAUCACAUUUAAAAUGCAGAGUGAUAGAAAGAGUCUGGAUAUUUAAAAUGUUGUUUUUCCAUAUCAACAAUGCGACAUGAAUUAUCCACUUGAUUGAUUGCUGUUGAUUUGUUUAUUAUAAGUAGAUGAGAGUAGACCAAUACUUCCCCACCCUCAACUUGAGAUUCAAGAACAAGUCAACUAAAAAUUUACGUACCAAUGCAUAAGAAAACUGUGUGUAACUACUUGGCCCAACACAAAGAGAACAUUUAACAAACCCACACAAAGUACAAAAGAAGGUUCUUGGAGAUACCUGCUUUCUCUACAAUGCUGCUUUAUGCAACACAAUCAGCAAUUGAUGUUAAAAAAUGAGCAUGGGAGGCAAGUUCAAUAAAACCAUAAUCACACAGUAGGUAAAUUAUGGUUUCAGAGGUACAUAUGUACUCACUCACUUUUAUCACAAACAGGG